CGCGACUCCCCGAUCUACAAGUAUUUCUCGAUCGCUCUCAGCGCCACUCCGGCCGGGCCUUCUAUAUCAACGUACGGAUUACCUUUUGGAAUUAAGCAGCGCCCCAGGAAGCGCAGUCUGCAUCCAGUCGUCUUUGGCCACUUUCAGAAGUCUACUUUCCCCAGUGACGUGCUGGCGCACCGCGGUUGGUGAUGACGACAAUGCCGGCCAGCUCGAUACUACCUGCGCGCAGGGUAUCGGAUCAAUCCAAUGGCUUCCCUGUCGUGAGGUCCGCCGCAGUCGGGCUUGCCCGUGUCCUCUCAUUGACCUUAUCGACCGCCUAUGCCGCGCCGCUCGGGAUCCGAGGCCACGGUGGCGUGGACGAGCCCGAGGCAGAAGGCGCGAGUCUCUGGGUUCUCUAUGUGGCCUCUGCGGUUCUUGUACUCUCUGGAGGAGCUUUCGCCGGGUUAACCAUUGCGCUGAUGGGACAGGACGGCAUCUACCUCCGAGUCAUGGCCGGAGAUCCGAACGAACCUCAACAAAAGAACGCGAAGCGUGUGUAUGAUCUGCUGAUGAAAGGGAAACAUUGGGUUUUGGUCACACUGCUCUUGGCCAACGUGAUCGUUAACGAGACGCUCCCGGUGGUCCUCGAUCGUUGCCUUGGCGGGGGUAUCGCUGCCGUGGUGGGUUCCACGUUUCUGAUCGUGAUCUUUGGCGAGGUUCUUCCACAGUCAAUAUGUGUUCGAUACGGUCUUCAGAUCGGCGGCUCUAUGUCCAAACCGGUCCUUGUCAUGAUGUACAUCUUAGCGCCAAUUGCCUGGCCGACAGCGAAGCUCCUCGACUGGCUCCUCGGAGAAGACCGUGGUACGGUUUACAAGAAAAGCGGGUUGAAGACGCUCGUGACACUUCACCAGAACCUCGGCGAAGUCUCUCAGCGCCUGAACCAAGACGAAGUCACCAUCAUCAGCGCGGUCCUGGAUUUGAAAGAGAAACCGGUUGCGAGCGUGAUGACCCCGAUGGACGACGUCUUUGUCAUGUCGGAGGAUACUGUGCUGGAUGAACCCACCAUGGACAUGAUCCUAUCUGCGGGCUACUCGCGCAUUCCCAUCCACGAGACCGGAAACCCCACCAACUUCGUCGGAAUGCUUCUUGUCAAGAUUCUCAUCACAUACGACCCUGAAGACUGCAAGCCUGUUCGUGAUUUUCCGUUGGCCACCCUUCCCGAAACGCGCCCAGAGACAAGCUGCUUGGACAUUGUCAACUUCUUCCAGGAGGGCAAGUCCCACAUGGUCCUCGUUUCUACCAAUCCAGGAGAGGACCACGGUGCGCUUGGCGUAGUUACGUUGGAGGAUGUGAUCGAAGAGUUGAUUGGAGAGGAAAUCAUCGACGAGUCGGAUGUCUAUAUCGAUGUCCACAAAGCUAUUCGCCGACUUGCCCCGGCUCCGAAAGUGAGGAUCCAAAGGCGGCUCUCGGGAGACCCCGGCGGAAAAGGUACCAGCGAUGCUGGUGGUGGCCUGAAGGGUGACAGCGAUAGCGCGCUUCUUGACGCUCAGCAGGCGACGCAGACGGCCGGCACGACGAGUACUAAUUCGCCCAUGUUAUCCAGCAGUCCGAAAACGGCAACACUGAUGAUGCGGAGGAGCUCUGCUGGCCUUGAUGGCCAGCUCAUCAGAACCACGGUCCCCGUGCGGGCCAACUUCCAAGAGAUCAAACAGCAUCUCAAACAUCUAGGCCCGUCAAACCCGGCAACCAACCCCAACAAGACGCGAUCAACUACUGUAAAAAUAAAGCCAGGCAGCGGUAGCCAUUCCUCCAAUCCACGCUCAGCCUCGACGGCCGAGGCCGCAGCAGGGGGGACGCCGGAUGAGGAACAUGACGAAACGACAAACCUUCUCAAGCCCCAGAUACCGGGCAAGGACGGCGUUCAGGCGCUGAGGCAAACUUACGGCUCCAUCAGCCCGGGCAUCACAUUUCAACUCGCACCGCAGACGGACGGGAUAUCCAUGUUGCGACUUGAGUCAGAGGACCAAGCGGACAAGUCUACGCAGACCUCAGCUCGUCUCGGUCACAGCGACAGAACAUCAGACGAAGAAGCCGGGGGCCCCGCACGACUAUCACAACAGCAAUCGCCACAAUCAAAGCAAGAGCUGUGCCCUAGCUCCAGCAGGGAAAGCGCUACCAGCGCCAGUAGCCUGAGAACGGACAACACGCUCGUGCCGCAUCGGCACCAUGUUCGCAGCGGUAGCAUCACUGAGAACAUCAUCGAGUCUCGGGGUCUGCGGAAGGUUGUGCUUGAGACCACUAGUUCCAACGAAGAGGAAGAGUCGAGCACACCGACGGCCUCGUCGCCUGAGCAGUCAAGGCUACUCGGCCGUACUACGUUUGGCAUAUUUGGAAGGGACAGGGAAAACGGCAAGGAAAGUAGAAAAGAUAAGGAAACCGAGGACGGGAAGGAAGAAGGGACAGUCCAACCAAGUUCGGCCGCUGGAAGACAAGAGGAAGAAGAGGUGGGCCUCCUAUCACCCGAUCCGGGUGAUGAAGACGCGCCCGCGUCGGAUGCCGAGGCUGCCGCAAAGGGCACGUCUGAAGAGGGUCAGGUGGGCCCCUCGAGUGUGAGUGGUGAUGGUGCGGGAACAAAGAAGAAAAACAGGCGGAAGAAGCGCAAAGGCGGAAAGUCCUAGGUCGAGAAGCUGCCUGGGUUGUUAUCGACCGCGUAAGGGGGCGCUGCGGGAAAGCAAGCAUUGCAGUUGUACGGUACUGUUAGCAUUACAUUGUUUAAGAGGUUCGUUCCUGGACAUGGAAAAGGAUGGGUUGCGGAAAGCCAGCGUUUGUCAAGAUCGGCUACUCUGUUUACCGACACCAAAUAGUAUACUGUUAACUCGGCACAUAUGUACAGUACAUACUUACUAGCACCCAGUCGAACUUGACUCGAUUGGUGGUCGGCGCUGUUUUGCUAUGCUAUGCAUUGCUACCCUCGAUGUUCCAGUCAGUUCCAGGAGGUUGUGCAUAUUACGUUGGUAGAAAACUAGAAGAUCAAAAUGGCCGGAC